GGCCUCGCGGCCGCUCAUGAACAACCAGGGCCGCUCGGGGCCCCCUGGGAACGGCAGGCCCGGAGAAGGCGAGGGUGGGGAGGCGAAGAAACAGCAGGAAGGGAGGGUCGCGAGAGGGAAGCGAAGGAAGGGGAAGGGAAAAGCGGGCGCAGGGCAAGGCGGAAGAGGAAGCGGGGCGGAAGGGAAGCCGGGGCCGCAGAAAGCAAAGGAGGCAGCCGGGCUGGGAACCGAGGCGGGAGCGAGGGCAGGGUCCGGGGAGGAAGGAGAGCGAGGUGGAAGCGAGGGGGAAGGGGCAAGGAGGACCAUAAAGGGAGAUGAGGGGAGCGCAGGGGCGGGGAAGGAGGCAAAAGGAAGAGAAGAUGGGCAGAAGGGAGAAAGGAGAGUCAGAACUGGGCGGCGGGAGGACAGAAGGCAGAGGAGAGAACAGGGACGAGGGGGUCACGCGUGGGGCGGUAAUGCAAGGACAGUGGCGGCCAUGGCGGCGGCUGCCGAGGAGGAGGCGGCGGCUUGGGAGCCACCCGCCCGCCCCGCCUCGGGGCCCGCGCUCUGGCGUCUGCCGGAGGAGCUGCUGCUGCUCGUCUGCUCCUACCUGGACAUGCGGGCCCUUGGCCGCCUGGCCCAGGUGUGCCGCUGGCUGCGGCGCUUCACCAGCUGCGACCUGCUCUGGCGCCGGAUAGCCCGGGCCUCGCUCAACUCCGGCUUCACGCGGCUCGGCACCGACCUGAUGGCCGGUGUCCCAGUGAAGGAACGGGUGAAGGUGUCUCAGAACUGGAGGUUGGGGCGCUGCCGAGAGGGGAUUCUGCUAAAGUGGAGAUGCAGGCAAAUGCCCUGGAUGCAGCUAGAGGGUGAUUCUCUAUACAUAUCCCAGGCUAAUUUCAUCCUGGCCUACCAGUUCCGCCCAGAUGGUGCCAGCUUGAGCCGCCGGCCCCUGGGAGUCUUUGCUGGGCAUGAUGAGGACGUUUGUCACUUUGUGCUGGCCAACUCGCAUAUUAUCAGUGCGGGAGGAGAUGGGAAGAUUGGUGUUCAUAAGAUUCACAGCACGUUUACUGUCAAGUACUCGGCUCAUGAACAGGAGGUGAACUGUGUGGAUUGCAAAGGGGGCAUCAUUGUGAGUGGCUCCAGGGACAGGACGGCCAAGGUAUGGCCUUUCGCCUCAGGCCGGCUGGGGCAGUGCUUACACACCAUCCAGACUGAAGACCGAGUCUGGUCCAUUGCUAUCAGCCCAUUGCUCAGCUCUUUUGUGACAGGGACGGCUUGUUGUGGGCACUUCUCACCCCUAAGAAUCUGGGACCUUAACAGUGGGCAGCUGAUGACACAUCUGGGCAGUGACUUUCCCCCAGGGGCUGGGGUGUUGGACGUCAUGUAUGAGACCCCUUCUACACUCCUGUCCUGUGGCUAUGACACCUAUGUUCGCUACUGGGACCUCCGCACCAGUGUCCGGAAGUGUGUCAUGGAGUGGGAGGAGCCUCACGACAGCACCCUGUACUGCCUGCAGACAGAUGGGAACCACCUGCUGGCCACAGGUUCCUCUUACUACGGCGUUGUGCGGCUGUGGGACCGGCGCCAAAGGGCCUGUCUGCAUGCCUUCCCACUGACGUCAACCCCCCUCAGCAGUCCUGUGUACUGUCUGCGUUUCACUACCAAGCAUCUCUAUGCUGCGCUGUCUUACAACCUCCACGUCCUGGACUUUCAAAACCCAUGACAGUCAGGGCCACCCCAUCCUGUGGGCCAAGGAGGCCAGCUUCUCAGGGACCUCUCCUGCAUGGAGGGUACAGUGAUACCACCUGCCCCGCUGUGCCUGUGCUCCUGCACCUGUGACCACAGUGCUCGGGGACUUGUGGGUUACCCAGGAUGAAGUCCCUCCCAGGAACCAGUUGGAGAGAAGGGACCUGCUGCUUUGGGAGAGUGCAGCUGAGCCAGGGCCUGGUUUCCCUGUUUGGCCAGAGCAAAGGUCAGGCGCCACCCUGCGCCCCACCCAUCUGAGAGCUAGCACCAGCUUAGAGAGUAAGGUGAGGUGUUCCAUGCUGCCCAGUUGGCCCCU